AUGUUAUCGAAAAUUAAUCGUGUAUCUUGGUGUGAAAUUCCUAAAGAACUAAAUCUUUUAGCUCAAAGUCUUUGUCGAUUGUACAAUAUUCGUCGUUGUUCUCAUUUACCUUGUCAAUUGAUUUAUUCAUCAGCGGGAUCAUUUGAAGAUAUGAAAUGUUUAAAUGGAGGAAGAAUUCUACAAAAUCAACAUAGUUCUGCGGGAAUAAAACACGAUUUUUUGUGUAAAAGUGGAUAUGCAUUGGAUUUGUUUGUUAAAACUUCGAAUGAUUUAUCGAAUCCUUCAAUAAUUGCUGAUUCAUAUGCACCGAUUGUCAAUGAUUUGUAUGUUGAUGUUUUAAAUAAUCAAUAUCGAAGUUCAAAUAGUAUGUGGGGAUUAAUAUUUAAUUUUGAAUCAAUUUCCAAUUAUCCGACAGCUGCAGAUCGAGAAAAACUGAAAUUUUUCAAUGUGACUUUUGGUUAUGAUCGAUCAAUCUAUGAAUUCGUUCCAGGUCCGUGGCUUUUUGAUUAUGUCGAUCAAAUUAUUGAUACAUCAAAAAGACUUUCUCUGAAACAAGUGAUGACAAAUAAGAAACCGAUCAAUUCGCCGUCCAACACAGAUGAUUAUUGGAUUAAUCAACAAACAAAUUCGAUUCAAUCAUCGUAUGUCAAAGCAUCAAUUCUCUGGAUGAAUAGUAAUUGUAACGCAAAGUCAGGACGAACACAAUAUGUACAACAAAUGAUGAAAUAUAUUGAUGUUGAUAAUUUUGGAACAUGUGGCAAAAAUAUUCGACCUUUACCUUCCCACAUUGUUAAACUUCAACAUUCGGAAAAUCGAAAUUUACAAGACCGUGGUACUUACGAUUGGAAAGCGGGAAAACUUGCACUUACAAGUGAUUAUCUCUUCACCAUCGCUAUUGAAAAUAGUCUCAAUUAUGAUUACGUGACGGAAAAACUUUGGCAUGCAUUUGUUGCAGGAAGUGUUCCAAUUUACCUUGGUGCACCAAACAUUGAAGAUUGGUUACCUUGUCGAACUGAUUGUAUCAUUGAUUUAAGAAAAUUUAAAACACCAAAAGAUGCUGCAUUGUUUAUCAAAAAUGUGGCAAAGAAUCGAACAUUGUAUGAAAGUUAUCAUCAAUGGAGAAAUGAACCUGUUGCAGAUAAAUUUGAGAAAAUGUUAAAUUAUUUUUCGUCAAUGCGUAAUUAUAGUCUUGAAUGUAUUUUAUGUGAUAUGUCUAGACAAGUUGAUCAAGGCAAAAGCGCUGAACAAACUAAGAAAAAGAUCAUUGAAACAGUUGGUCGAUUUUAA